UGUACGUGUGACAGCAGCAACACUAUGCCUUAAAAAAAUAGGUUUUUCAAUUCUACAAUUUUUCAUCGUUGUUUGCAAUUUUGCACUUUGAUUUUAAUUAUUAUUAUUUAUUGGAAACAAUAUGUUAAUAAUUAACGUACUUAUUAAGUUAUUAUCGACCUGUCAAGAAGACAUUUUUUAGUCAAACUGUCUCCAUAAAUUCGCAAAAUAGGCGACGAAAAUCCCUUUAAGUUCUCCAAUUUCUUGACGAGUCUACCACCAAUUGGUGGUAGAGCAAUGCCUCGCUGUAGCAAGAGGAUGCGUGGUACACCUGCUGAAAUACUGCCAGGAACCACAUCCCUGGAGGAUAACCACCAUCAUAAGAGAUCAAGGAAUUCUAGAUGGCAAUCAAAAUCAGAACACACAAGUUUUAGUUCAAAGAAAUGUUUGACAUGGUUCAAAGAGUACACAACGGCCGCAGAACCUGAUCUCUUAGGACCGGAAGGUAUGGAAAAGUUUUGUGAAGACCUCGGUGUGGACCCCGAGAAUGUGGUGAUGCUGGUCAUUGCUUACAAAAUGGGGGCCAAGCAAAUGGGCUACUUUACACAAGAAGAAUGGUUAAAUGGAUUAACAGAACUACAAUGUGACAGUGCACACAAAUUGCAAAACAAAUUAGAAUAUUUACGUAGCCUACUCAAUGACCCACAAAUAUUUAAGGCUAUCUACAGAUAUUCAUAUGACUUUGCUAGGGAUAAGGAGCAACGGUCUCUGGACACGAGUACGGCUCGCGCGCUACUGGGCGUCCUUCUGCCGCGGUGGUCGCUGCGGGCUGCGCUGUGCCGCUUCCUGUCUGGUGACGCGCGCGAGGACCCCACCAACAACACCACCACAAGCUCCCCAACCUCCGCACCGGUAACCCCGGCCCGCAGGUACCGCGUGGUGAACCGCGACCAGUGGUGCAACAUUCUGGAGUUCAGUCGCACCGUGGAUGUCCACCUCGCCAACUACGACGCCGACGGAGCAUGGCCCGUGAUGCUAGACGAGUUCGUAGAGUGGCUGCGGAACGAGCGUGGGGACUGGGCCAUGUCGCACAGCUGAGGCCCACACAAGGAGGAAGCUGAGUUAGGCACGGGAUCGCGCGCAUUUCGGCUCUAGAUAUAAGCUUCUUGUAUAUUGUUUAGCUCGUAUCUAUAUAUAUUGUGAUCUAUUCGUACUAAACAUGAUACGACAUUACCCGAUCAAUUGUACCUGUGGUGUAGAUAAUAUAACAUUGAUUUACCACUUCUGAUUCAAAAGGUUUUUUUGUAUGACAAUAUUGCCAAAGAGAUAAUUUCUUUACGCGAGUGUUACACAUUUAAAUAAAACACUUUUAAAGGAUUAAAACGCGUGUAAUUGUAACUGUGUUUUUACAUUAGAUUUUUGCGUAAAAGUUACAUUUUUAUUUUAGUUAGCACGACCUUUCCAGAUCUCGUUUUCAGGGGGACUGCAGAUGAAAUGAGUUAAAUAUAGUAUUUGUCAUAGAUGUCAUUAUGAGGCUUAGCGCCGUUUAUUGCCUCGGAGGUGGUAUUUGCUGUAGACAGAUGGUUAUUGGCAAAAUUUACUGACAGUGUCCUCUUCUUUUUUGGCAUGUGUAGUUUUUUUUUAUUUUUUGCCUCAUACAAAUAAUUUAAAUUUUCUUUAGUGUUAAUUCCGCCAAUAUUUGUUUUUAACUUGAUGUAUAAUUUCGCCUGUUCAGCUUUUAAUUAAAAAAUUUUAAUUAAAAUUUAUUGAAUUAGGCGUUAAUUUAGAAAAACAAAUAUUGACGGAAUAAACACUAAAGAAAACUUAAAUUAUUUGUAUAAUUAUGGAUUUCCGCAAAGUAACGCCUAAUUCAAUAAAUUAUCUUUGACUCAUUUUAUCUGCAGUCCCCCUGAAAACGAGAUCUGUAAAGGUCUUGAAACGUCGGGUUUACUAAUAUAAAAUUGUAACUUUUACGCAAAAACCGAAUGUAUAAAAACAGUCACAAUAACACGCGUUUUAAUCCCUUAAAGGUGUUUUAUUUAAAAGCCAAAGAGAUGUUGAAUUCUUUAUUAAAGUACAGAUUGCCUAUAAUCUAAAUGAGUUUGAUUGAAUAAGUAUCCAUACCACAGGUUAUUAAAAUAAUUGAACGAUUAUAAAAUUUUCCAUUUUAUAUAAUUUCACUUAAGGGGUUCGGUGAAUCAAUAGAAAUGAUAAGUUUCCUCAUCAGAGUGUAUUUUAAUUGUGUUCGCUCGUAAUACUCCCGCAACAAACGUGUUAGAUGAGUAAUAAUUUAUUAUCGCCCACCGAAACUUUGUUACGUACAGUACAAUUACGUUAUCUAAAUUAGUCGCUUUCAAUGGAUAUAAUUUUGAACAAGAAGCGUUGUUUCUUAGAUUAAAGAUUGGUCUCCGCUGCGCUCCAACUGAUAACGCACAACCUGAGAACAAUAGCUUUUUUAUUACAGCAACUAUUAGAUGCUUGUGUGCGUGGCAUCUUGACACUCAAUGGCAUCUUUCAAAUUUUGUAACAUACGCUUCGUGUUAUUUUACAUUGAAAUUAAUAAAAUACAAAAUACUUACUGAUGAUAUGCGAUCCCAGUGUCUCUUUCUAUUUCUUGUAGUAUUAUUUUACCAAGCGCUACUCCGCAACCCGGCAUUAUACUUUCAAUUAUUACCAAAGUUUAACAGAACAUGCGACUGCGGUAUAUAGUUCGAGCGCAGCGGAGACUUAAUCUAAGCGUUGUUAAAUAAAUUUUUUUUUUUUUUCGAUAUUAAAUUGAGAUAUUAUAUCACGUGUCAGUAUCGAAACAAUCAUCACAGCGUGCUACUAGUAAAAUGCCAGCUCAUUGUGUAAUGCGGUCGCGAACCGGGGACAUUUUCGGUCAGUGACCCCAUCUCUUCCUAUCUCUAUCGCUUUCGUACAGUUGUAUAGUGUUACUGCUCACACAUCCGAUGUCCGACAUUAUUCCUUAUCUGCGACCGUGUUACAUGGCUGCGUUAGUCCAUAGACUUGGAAUACACUAGCGUACAGAUGACUUGACAGCCCAUAGCGUGACCAAUUUUUAUUUUUCAGUGUGUGCGUCAGUUUGGGGUUUAAUAAUCAAUAUACUAAGCAACGUUUUCACCAAUGAGACUUCAAACUGAGUUUAAUUAAACUCAGUUUUACGGUUACGAGUUCAAAUGCCAGUCUUGAUCUCGAAGCGAGUUUAUCAACGCCUUUUGAACGUGUUGAUUGAGUUACAAGUCAUAAACAAUAGAAUGUAUCUCAAAUACCUGACAAAACUGUCAUCGAUAAGUAUGAACAAAAUCAAAAUAGUUAAAUAUCAAUAUGGCUUAUCGCAGACGACAGACUAUCCGUGACCCACUUUUUAGUCUGUAAUAAUAAAACAUAUGUAAUUAUAUAUAGUAACGCAUACGACGCGCAAAAAGUCUGACACACAAAAAAAUAUACACACACAAUGAUACAUCUUUGGCAGAGUUACAUGAUUGAUGAUAUAGUUUUAGAACUGAAUGUUUAAUAUGAAACAGAUCCUUUAAUAAUCUUUCUGAAAGAGUAGGAUGAACCUAAAAUUCUCUUUCUUCUUCUUUUUUUAUAUCUCAAGUACGAGAUAAUACACCGCAAUCUCUGUAUUUUCAUUGUGUGUACAUCCCUACAGUUCUGCCGACAGAAUGACCGAAAGGGUACGACGUUGUGUGCGUUGAGUCUGUGAAAUAUCUUCCACAGACAUUUUGCGCGCAAUGCAGACUUUAUGUGUGCCGCAUACUCGAUAGUACAAAGAGUGUGUCAUCUGCGAUAGACCUAUUUUUUUACUAUAACGACAGUGACAGCUCUUGAAUGCGACUUAAUCGUACAAAAUUCGGCGGUCAGCAUUUAAACGCGCUUAUGCUUUUUUUUAUGGAAAUAAGAGACGCGACGCGCAGGACGAUUACAAUGCAGUGCCACUCAGGUUUCUUGAAAAACCCCAAAAAUUCUGAGCGGCACUACAACUGCGCUCGUUACCUUGAGACAUAAGAUUUUAAGUCUCAUUUGCCCAGUAAUUUCACUAGCUACGGCGCCAUUCAGACCGAAACACAGUACUUACACAUUACUGCUUCACGGUAGAAAUAGGCGCCGUUGUGGUACCCAUAAUCUAGCCGACAUCCUGUGCAACGGAGCCUCCCACUGGUAAAGGAGCCUCCCGCUGGUAAAAUAGCUGGCUAUAACUGCGUUUAGGCAGUAUUGGUGAAAUCAGAAUUGAAUCUGUAUACACGUUUACUAGCGUGAGUUUAGUUCAAAGUGUCCUACUUCAAUGGUGAAAUCGGGGUUUUAAGGAGCUAAUGAAAAGCGUGGAUCACUGCUUACGUCUUGUCUAUCAAAAUCGGUUACAAAAACAAUAGAUUUCUCUUUUUGAGCUCUCCUUUUCUAUCUUGCGUAUCUCCGUUAUAGAUAAACUACUUCUUUUUCGCACUCUUGGUUUGUCUAUAGUCUAUACGCUAUUAAAUUGUAAGUCUAUGGGCUCAAUCAAUGCACUCAAUAUUAUAAGAAUGUAACAGGUGGAAUUUAUUAUCGCCAAAAUUUAAGUUUACGAUUAAUGUUAAGUGUUUCUAUCAAGUUCUGUUUAAAUCUCGCCUGGGAUAUUAAUUUAAAAUAAGCUCAGCACUUCUAAGAAUAUUUAAUUUACAAUCUCACAUGUGACAAUAUAUGACUUAAUACACAGGAUAUACUUAUAUUGUAAUAUACAGGAUGUCCUAAAAGCAUUUCAAGCGGGCAAUAUUUAGUUUUAUGUUUAGUUUUAAUGUUUAGUGUAAAAAUUGAGGCGGUAUCUAAAAUAAAAAUAUGUUUUAAAUGAUACAACUUAAAGACCUUAAAGGAGGUAAAUAUUUUAAAGAACUAGCAGUUUUAAAUAAGCCACUAUAAGACUCGCAAACAAAAGAUAAAUUACGUUGCAGUUUUGAUGAUGUGUCAUACUUUUUUUUUAUAAAUUUCAUUUAAAUAUAAUUUCUUAUAUUUUUCGUCACAACUUUACUAGAAUAUAUUAUAUUACGACUUAAUUUAAAUAGCAAUAAAAAAGUGAAAAAUAUUGCAAUCUUUUGUUAACACUAGUAUUAACAUUUAAAUUUGAAAUUACCAUGUUGAAUUAAAUUUCAGUUUUUAUUUGAUUGGAUCUUUUUCACUGACUUAUUAUAAUGGGAUUUCACCUUAAAGACCCACUAAUAAUUCUUCGAGUAUUGCAAGACAACAUCUGACGAAAAGGUGAUUUUCCUUAAAAUAAUUUAAAUUAAAUGUAGCACCUUCGAAUAAACUAAAGAAAAAAAUACAAAGUCUGAAGUCAUGUUUGAAUUUUUACGUACUUAGUCAUUUAAUAGUUUCUGUGGUCGGUCACUACUUACAUGGUGUUCGUCACUUUUAUGAGUGUUUUUAUUUAAAAUAAUAAUGUAAACUAUAAGAAGAAUCUUUCAAUCCCACUUCUGUACUCAAAAGUGUCUUUCAGUCCCACUUCUGUAAUCAGAAGUGGGUUAAUCAAAAUUACUAUCCUCGUACGAAAAAAUUAAGGCUUAAAUAGAUUAUUCUCUGGUUCAGUUUGUGUUUUUUCUAUAAGUUAAGAUACUUUGGAUAAUGGGAUGGUUAAUCGUUAUUGCCACCACCUCAAUAUGUCUUCAAUAUUCAAUUUGCUUUGAAUGUGACGCAAUAAUGUUUUCAGCUGUGCUUCAAAUAAUAUUUUUGUUUAUGUGGAUGGUAUCAUCCGUUUUGAAUAAAGUUCCAAAAAUCAGACUAAAGGUUUCGUUUAACUUAGGUUAAGGUGUAGAUAUCGUUUUGUAAGCAUGUAGUUAGUAUAUUCAAAUUGUAUUGAGGAAUGUAAGAUACGGUUACGAAAUUCUCUGAUGUUGUUUAGGCCCCCCACGUGAAGCGAGACGAAUAAAUCAUUUCAAAGUU